AUGACCAGCAGAAUUAUAUUAAAAAACAAAAAAACUUUAAAUCUUUUAGAAAGAUUUCCUAGAUCAAAUAGAAAUUAUUUACCAGCUAACAAUCAGUGUAAGGCUAUAGUAGUAUGGUCUUCAAACCUGGGUAGUACAGUUAAUUAUCCGCAAUUUACUUCUAUAGUCAGACAUAUGGUUAAUAUACCUACUAACUUACGAUCGAUGUUAGGUGGACUAUUAAUUUCAGACGCUUGGUUGGAAAUAAAUAAAUUAGGUAAUACUAGAUUUUUUUUUAAACAAAGUAUGGCUCACUCUGCAUUUGUCUUUUUUGUUUUUAAUAGACUUUCUCAUUUUUGCUCUUCUUAUCCUAGUAUUACAACUACUUCUAUAAAAGGUUACAAAUUUAAAGGUAUUUGUUUAAACACUAGAGCUUAUCCUUGUUUGACUGAAUUUUAUAAUAUGUUUUAUGUAAAAGGCGUUAAGAUUGUCCCUUUAGAUUUAUAUGAAAUGGUUGAUUUUGAAUUUUUAGCUUAUUGGAUAAUGAGUGAUGGAUCAAAAGCUGGCAAUGCUCUUUAUCUACAAACACAAUCUUUUACUGUUAAAGAAUGUGCUUUUAUUAUAAGCAUAUUAAUACACAAAUUUAAUUUAGAAUGUAGUAUUCAUAUGCAAAGAAAGCAGCCUACUAUUUAUAUUUCAGCAAAGUCUAUGAAAAAAAUAAGAGCUAAUUUAUUACCUUUUUUUCAACCAUCUAUGGUAUAUAAGUUAAAUAUUUAA